AUUGCGGGUUUUGCCGGGCGUAAAGGGCCGAAAUUUCCGAUAAUCGCCCCUCGAGGAAAACGUGCACUUGAAGGUCACGGAGAACCGGUUUCUCCGAACUGGAGCGUUGAAAAUGCGCUGUGAAUAUCCGCUUAAAUCGUCGAGGAUGAAUAGUUAUAGUCUAGUUUAUCUUUUUAUGCAAUAAUCAGUCCGGCUAAAGAUCCUUUCGCCCAUUUCCACGCGGGCACUCCGGUCCGGAGAAAGUUCCGGAGACACGGCGUCACGGGACUUUCUCAAAGCAAAAAGGAAGCAAAAUGGCGAAAUGCGCCGCGCACAAAUUUCUUACCACCGAAUACCAGCCGGAUCGCCGGAACGCCCAAAAAUAAUUGGAAGAUCUUGUGGUUGUGGAACUCGGUUACAUAAGUUUUCAGAUAAAUAAACAUUGCCGGCUGAUCAUAUCGCCAAGCAACGACAGGAAAGGACGGAACAAUAAAAAUGAAGCGAGGAAAUGAUGAUACGAGUGAUGGUGUGAACGAAGAACAACUACUCACGGAACAGGAAGGAUCGAAUGAUGAGCAGAGUGCAAAAAACAAUGCACAAGCUGAGGAUUCGUCGGACUCCAGCAAAUCCUCCGUGAAGCGAAUGCGUUCGGAAGACCAAGAAGUGCGAUUGCUGAUUCCUAGCAAAAUGGCUGGAGCUAUUAUAGGAAAAGGUGGACAUAACAUCCAGAAGCUACGCACAGAGUAUCAAGCCCAAGUGAAUAUAGGCGACUGUACUGGCCCCGAACGUGUUCUUACAAUUGCUGCCGAUAUGGAAACUGUGACGAAAGUGGUAAAGGAUGUGAUGAAACAUCUCGAUAGGGCUGGCGAUAAUGAGUACGAACUUAGAAUUCUGAUUCAUUUGAGCCUAGCUGGAUGCGUCAUUGGUCGUGGUGGCAGCAAAAUAAAGGAGAUCAAAGAUGAAAUUGGAUGCCGCCUGAAAAUAUUCUCAAACAUUCCACCCCAGAGCACAGACCGUAUUGCCCAAGUGAUUGGCAGUGAGGAUCAAUGUCUGAGGACGCUGAACGAAAUCAUCAAACUGGUGAAAGGUACUCCUAUCAAAGGACCGGUACAUAACUAUGAUCCACACAACUAUGACGACAUGUACGCCGAUGAGUAUGGCGGCUAUGGCGUCGGAGGAGGUGGCAGCGGUGCUGGUGGCAGCACAGCCUUCCGCAACGGGGCUGGUGGACGAGGAAAUGGCAGUGGCGGAGCUACUGGAACUGGGUACGAUCGCAGAGGGGGAGAGCGCUUCGAAGAUCGUGGACGUUCUAACCGAGGUGGUGGUGGCUACGAUCGUGGAAAUGAUCGUGCCAAUCGCAGUGUUCCAGGUGCCAUUGUAGGUGCUGGUGGUGCCGGCGGAGGAAAUGGUGCAGGUGCCGGUGCUGGCAUGAGAGACAGAGACUACAUCAAUCCCUGGGCCAAUCCCAUCAACGGCAACAACUUUGGCGGUAGCAGCGGCCUCGGGUUAGGAAGCCUCGGAAGCCUGAACCUCGGUGGUGCUGCCGGAAACCUUGGCAACGGAAGCUUGGGUAGUUUUGGCGGAGGGAACAAUGGCGCAAUGGAUAAUAAGACCUCUACACAGGUUACGAUACCGAAGGAUCUGGCCGGAGCUAUCAUCGGUAAAGGCGGUGGCCGAAUCCGCCGUAUUCGAAAUGAAUCCAACGCUUUCAUUCAAAUCGAUGAAGCCUUGCCUGGAUCGAAUGAUCGAAUCAUAACAAUCACCGGUACACCGAAGGAAAUCCAGGCCGCUCAGUACAUGCUGCAGCAGAGCGUUCGCGAGAAUCUGGGAUCAUCAACCGGACAAGGUUUCAACCGUAAUUAGAGCACGCUCGAAUCAGAAUGCGGGGGAUUCAUCGAACAUAGCAUUGAAAUGAAACGACACCGAGGAAAUAAACGUAUACAUACUACAGUCAAAUGCAGUGCAACAGGCAAACCGCAAACAGGUGCUCUGUAUCGAUUCAGGCAUAGCGUGUUUGAAUGCAGAAUAACAAUAGCAAAGGAUGGCAGGAAAUUGAAUGCACUUGCAUUCAUUCACGCAUCAUUUUUAUGAUUCAGUAGACACGAGAUGCAGGUAAAUGUGGUUUUUAAAUACGCAGGCUUACGAUGGCGCUCCUAUAUCUGUUUGUAUCAAAUUCCUCCGCCAAAUGAUUGUACAAAUGGUACGACUUCUGAGUUUUUUUUUUUUUUCAAUAUAAUCGGGAAUAUCGUUGACAGUUUAAUUAAUCUACAAAAGCACUAUUAGCCAACAUUCAGAACAAAGCCAUAGAAGGAAACAAUGUUUGAGUCACUAAUAUACUACACAUAUUGUAUAUUGAUAAGGAUUAUUCAAGUCGAUCGUCUUGAGCAUCUCAAUUGUCCUUAUUAUCACAGUAGUUAACCUGAUAUAAUCUUCGGUUGCUCUUCUGAAAACGAAGUGUACGCGCAAAUGACAGAACGGGCAUUUUUAUGUUUACCUGAAAAUCGAGUCUUUAGUGUCAAGUGUCCACCGUCGAGGAGGGUUGAUAUACUCUGAUUUUAGUCCUUCAUUAAGACACAGUAGUGGUAUCUGGGAUACGGAAGAUUUUUGCAUUUCCUUUUUCUGCAAUCCAUUUCAAUUCACUCCAUUAAACAGUACGAUAUAAAUGGUGGAA